AAAGCAUGCAUUGAAUGCUGUUUUCAAAACACAUGAAUCGGUGUUUUGAUUGCAAAAUUUAAAAGCUUUUCAUUCAAUACAUUCAAUCACUGAUUAACUGAUCCGUGGUUUUCGUGGACACACAGACAAUGGGUGUCAUCAAAGACAAGUCGGUGAUCAACAAAAUCAGGAAAGCGAAGACACGGAAAGGCAAACGAUUUCUGGAGAAACGGGAGCCACAGGUGAUUGAGGCGACGAAGACUGCUAUCUUUACGCGCGGAUCCACUGCCAGCCAGAGAUGUGUCCAACUCUUGAAGGACUUCUGUCUGCUGAAGAAGCCAAACAGCGUGUACUUCAAUCGGUAUGACCCACACGUGGGCCCCUUCCAUGUCAGCCCACACUCAUUGUCUGUCCCCUACUCCCUGUCCCACAGGAAGGAGUCGUGGCAUCCGAUGGACGACAGCCAACCUCUGGAGCGAAUGUCCGCCAAAAACAACUCAACGCUCUUUGCGUUCGCGAACCACACGAAGAAACGGCCCAAUAAUGUGAUAAUCGGCCGCACGUUCGACGACCACGUGCUCGACAUGUAUGAGCUCGGCUUCGAUAACUACCGGUCCCUCCAGGAGUUCAAAGGCGUCCCCAAGACGUCGGUCGGAACCAAACCUAUCGUGACGUUCAGCGGACAGGCCUUCGAUGUGGAGCCCGACUACCAGCGCCUGAAGAACCUGUUGCUCGACUUCUUCGCGGGUCCCGACGUGGAGGCCAUACGACUGUCCGGUUUGGAGCACUGCAUCCAAUUCGUGGCCCUCGACGGCAAGGUAUUGAUGCGGAGCUAUAGAGUGGCGCUCAAGAAGUCUGGCACUCGAUUGCCGAGAGUA